CGGAAGCGCGGAGGAAGGACCGGAAGCUCCGAGAAGCGGGACGGAAGGGCCGGGCUUACGUGGAGCGGGCACUGGUCGAACUGGAGGGAGCCGGGGAAAAAUCUGGUCCCGGGCCCGGAGCCGGGGCCGGGGCCGGGACUGCGGGUCCCCGAGGGCCGGGAGAGAGGGGUUCUGGGGCAGCGACGGCGGCAGCCGGAGGCGAACGGGCAGAUGGGGCGCAGGAGACGAAGGCCCGCACGGGGACAGGGUCGGGGGCUGCGGGGGGAGCCGGGGCUGGAGCCGGGGCUGGAGCCGGGACCACCGCAGCCUCAGGGGCUGGAGCCGGGGCCGGGGCUUCCUCCAUGUUCGCCGGGUUGCAGGACCUGGGGGUGGCUAACGGCGAGGACCUGAAGGAGACACUGACCAACUGCACCGAGCCCCUCAAAGCCAUCGAGCAGUUCCAGACGGAGAAUGGUGUCCUACUGCCAUCAUUACAGUCUGCUCUGCCUUUCUUGGACCUGCAUGGUACACCUCGGCUAGAAUUCCACCAAUCAGUUUUUGAUGAGCUGAGGGACAAAUUGUUGGAGAGAGUGUCUGCCAUUGCUGCGGAAGGAAAGGUUGAGGAAAGGUACAAGAAGCUAGAAGAUCUCUUGGAGAAAAGUUUUUCCCUGGUGAAAAUGCCCUCUCUCCAGCCAGUGGUGAUGUGUGUCAUGAAACAUUUGCCAAAGGUUCCUGAAAAAAAAUUGAAACUGGUGAUGGCUGACAAGGAGCUAUAUCGGGCAUGUGCUGUGGAGGUAAAGCGACAGAUUUGGCAAGAUAACCAAGCUCUGUUUGGUGAUGAAGUUUCUCCACUGCUCAAACAGUACAUCUUGGAGAAGGAGAACAUCCUGUUUAGCAAUGAAGUAUCUGUCCUGCACAACUUCUUCAGUCCCUCUCCUAAAACAAGACGUCAGGGGGAGGUAGUACAGAAACUGACACAAAUGAUUGGGAAGAAUGUGAAACUCUACGACAUGGUAUUGCAGUUCCUUCGGACCUUAUUCCUGCGGACGAGGAAUGUUCAUUACUGUACCUUAAGGGCAGAGCUGCUAAUGUCCUUACACGACCUGGACAUCAGUGAUAUUUGCAUGGUGGAUCCCUGUCAUAAGUUCACCUGGUGUCUUGAUGCUUGCAUACGAGAAAAGUUUGUUGAUAAUAAGAGAGCUCGGGAGCUGCAAGGAUUCUUGGAUGGAGUGAAGAAAGGUCAGGAGCAAGUGCUUGGUGAUUUGUCUAUGAUUCUGUGUGAUCCUUUUGCGAUUAAUACGCUGUCCUUGAGCACCAUAAGACAUCUGCAAGAACUGGUGGGUCAGGAAACCUUACCCCGGGAAAGUCCUGAUUUGCUUUUACUGCUAAGAAUGCUCUCCCUUGGACAGGGGGCUUGGGACAUGAUUGACAGUCAGGUCUUCAAGGAGCCAAAGAUGGAAGUAGAGCUGAUCACUAGGUUUUUGCCAAUGCUUAUGUCUUUUGUGGUGGAUGAUUAUACUUUCAAUGUAGAUCAGAAACUACCAACAGAAGAGAAGGCAUCAGUCACGUAUCCUAAUACCCUUCCUGAAAGCUUUACCAAGUUCUUGCAGGAGCAUAGGAUGGCCUGUGAAAUGGGGCUUUAUUAUGUCCUUCACAUCACAAAGCAAAGGAAUAAAAAUGCUUUUCUCCGACUUCUGCCUGGAUUAGUGGAGACAUUUGGAGACCUGGCCUUCAGUGAUAUAUUCCUUCACCUACUUACUGGGAACCUUACUCUGCUGGCAGAAGAAUUUGCUGUGGAAGAAUUCUGUACCAGUUUAUUUGAUGGAUUCUUCCUAACCUGCCUCUCAAGAAAGGAGAAUGUACACCGCCAUGUUCUCAGGCUCCUGAUUCACCUCCAUCACAAAGUAGCCCCUGCUAAAUUGGAGUCCCUCCAAAAGACUUUGGAACCUACCAGUCAGAGUGGCGAGGCUGUGAAAGAUCUUUACAACCAGCUUGGAGAGAAACUGGAACACCUGGAACAUUGCAAGCCCAGUCCAGCCCAGGUGGCGGAAGCUCCUGCUCUAGAGCUACCUCUUCCUGCUGUCCCAACCCCAGCAACACUUUGAGGUGUUCAGAGCCCGGGCUCGGCCUUGCUUAUGGUACCCGAUGACAUCCAGCUUUCUAUAGCCCUUGGAGCUGGGGAAUUAUUUGUCAUCACUACACUGUGAAGGAUUUCCUGAGGACUUUAAAUGGAACGCUGAAGUUUUGUUAGUGUUACAAAGUUUGUGCUAGCAGAUCCUCACUUCACUGAGGCCGGUGGGAAGGGUCUGAAGAGAGUGUGUAUGUGCCUACAUGGAAAUCCAAGAGGUUCCCUCCUCAUUAGGGAAUGACUUGAUGGAAGAGCAGAAUCAUUCACCUCUCUUAGUCUGAGUUAUUCAGAGUGGUCAUGAGGGUUGCAGUGGAAUGCUGCGUGAGUGUCUGUGAUAAAAAACAAAGUGCCAGAGGGUCUCCAUGAACCUCUUGGAUAGAUGAGUAUAGAACUGAAUAAUCCUGUAGUCUUGGCUUAGAGGGAUUGGAAUUAUUUGUUUAGAAUUCUAUUCAUUGUUCCAUCUCUGGCCUACUAGGUAACCUUUUUAUAGGCAACCUCUGUGCCUUAGUUUCUCCAUUAGUGAGAUGAAGAUGAUAAUGUGUGCCCCUUUAGAACUAGGUCAUUUCUUUUAGUGGCUGAUGGAUUUAGAGAACUCCCCUCUCUCUGACACCCUCACCCCCUUUUUUUUUUAAUCCUGAGGAGGCUUCUCAGGUCAGGAGGAAAGUAUUUCAAGAAUUUCUUACCCCCACCCCCAGUCUUACUAUUGCUGCUGGAUUUCUUGAGUUGUUGGGUCAUAGUACCAGAAGAUACUUUAAUUUUUCACUCUCUGGCAGAUCUCUUUAGACCUCAGGCUUGAUGUUGUGUUUUUAAUUUUUAGCCUCAGAAAAGGUUUGGUUUUUUCCUUUUUUUUGUUUGUUUGUUUGGGUUUUUUGUUUUUGGGGUUUUUUUGAGACUUGAUCUCUCUGUCUCACCCAGGCUGUAAGAACAGCAGCCAUUCACAGACCUUACCUUGCUGCUGAUGAGAAUGGAAAUUUUGACCUGCUCUGUUUCCAACCUGGACUGAUUCACCUCUCCUUAGUCAGCUCUGUGGCUCUCUCCUUCCAGGGACUCACCAUAUUGGUGCCAGACUUAGUGCAGAUACCCAUCAGCUUUAGCCCGUCCUACUGCAGCUCAGAAUUCUGGAACUCAAGUGAUCCACCAGCCUCAGCCUCCCCAGCAGCAGGGACUAUGGGUGGGUGUCAUGGCGCCCAGCCUUUCAGAAGUCUGACAUAUUUUCUAAUAUUUUUAAAUGCCUUGGAAAACAUCUUGGCUCCUAUUUGCUUUGUUGUUUUUUAAUUACUGUAAUAAAGGUGAAAGAACAGUAGUUACAUUGGUUAAAAAAAAAGGCAGCUUCUAUUUUGAGCAAGAGUAGAACCAACUAUGUGCUCACACAGUGACCUCCAUCUUGGACAUGCUUCCUUUAAUGAAAGAGGAUUUCAAUUCUUAGGCCUCUCUAGAAGGACUUCCCUGAGAACUGUACCCUGCCUCCUGAAUCCCCACGUUAGCAGCUGAAUGGGACUAUUCCAAUCUCAUUCCUCAAGUGAAAGAUAGGACUUUGGAAUUCACAGUACAGUCAAAACACAUUAGUUUGGGUGGGGAGUAUGCCUCAAAUUAGAGAACAUUCAAAUUAUAUAUUCUAUCAAAGAAAUAGUCUAGUAUUUUCCAGUAAAUACUGGAACUAGUGCUAAAUUUUGAGGCACUGGUAAGAUGGUCAUUAGGAAAUUAUUUCUAUAAAAGCAAGUGUUUCUAUAAUAAUUGAAAACAAUUUGUUCCCAGUUAGGUUGGUCAUCUCUCUCUGUCCCUACCAAACAAUCUUUUUUUUUUGGCCCCAAUAGUUUGCUCAGAAAGUCCUUCAAAGGUUCUACCAAUUGAUGUAUCAUAGGCUUCAUUUCAGGCCCAGUCAUCCCAAACAGAAAAGGCCUAAGGCCCAAGUGACUGAAGUACUGUACUUGGCAGCCUGUGCAGUCACGACAGCAAUUCUGCUGCCAGUUGUAGAGCUAAAAACAGCCUAGAAGCUGCUUUCCUGGGCUGCCUGUGAAGAAAAUCGGAGUCUAAAUGACUGUACCAGAGGCUCUGGAUUUGUCUGAGCUUGCACUUCUCUGUGCAGUUGCUAGGCCACCUGUGUCCACCAGACGUGUGGGAGGAGCGGUAGCAGAGAGGGAGUGGGGGGGCUUUCCACCAUGAAAGGUGGCAGGACAGUGACUGCUGGACAGGGGCUCCUGGGGGAGGGAGGGCAGUGAGGCAGAGCUUGGUGGACUUAAGAAUAUCAGGUAUCCCCAGGAGCAGCCACUCUGCUGCCCAUGACCAGAUUUCCUCUCACCUUUCAGAUUCAGAAGCCCUCAAAGCUCCAUCCAUUUGAGGCUUUACUAUCUUGGCUUCUGCCCAGAGUAGUUCUCCUGCAGCAGUGUGUUCCCCGCAGCCACUGUCUGCUUUAUUCCUAGGCCUGAGAUCCUGAUAGAGAGGACUGGACCUUUGAUGUCAUGGGAUAGGGAACCUCAGGUGAGGAGACUCCUACCAGGGCAGGUCUGCCCCUUCUCUGCAACUUCUAGAAUUCGAGUCACCUUCAGCACUGACAGGUUCAGUGACAUGUUCAGGGUCACACAGCCAGUAAGUGUCAGAGGUAGAACUUGAACCCAGGUCUUCUUGGCUUUGAGGUCAGCACUAUCCACUAUACCACACUGCCUCUAGAGUUCCAAGUACACACUGUAAAAGCUGAAAUGCUUAUUCUCUCCCAGCCAUGUAAAUGGAUGUUGAUGUGGUUUUAUUUUAAAACCCUAAUCAGCAAGGCCACAGGAGAAAAUAUACCAAGUAUAUUCUUUACUUUGACUUUUUAGAUUGUUUUGCACAGGUGCCUGCUGUGAAUAAAUAAGGGCUUCCCCUAAUGUUCUUGUGGCAUCUUGUGUAGAUGAUGAGACAAUUUUCUGAGGGGAAAGUUGCUAAAUUGAUUUUUUCAUUUAUGGAGAUAAACGUCAUUUUAGUAAAUAACCUACAGAAAAUGUUUUUUCUUAGGCAUGAUAAUCACAUCAGACAGGAAAGCCAGAUGUUUUGGGGGAAAGAGGACUGGACCAGUUUCUAAGUGACUUCCAAGUUCUGGGCCUGUCACUGCUUCUCUGUGAUCUUUGGUCCUAUCCCUCUAGUGCUCUGGGCCUCAGUUUCCUUUGCUAAAAAGUGAUAUUGGAUGGGGAGGUGGAGCAGGUUGAAGAGCCCUUCCAGCUUGGACAUUUUAUGACCGUGAGUUGGAGAGUUUGACUGUGGCUAGCAGAAAUUCAAAACCAAACUAAACCAAACCUAGGAUAGCCCUCUAGCUUGCAUAUAGUGGUUAAAUGCUAUCAUGUAAACUAUUUAAAGUGUGCCUGUGUUUGUAAGUGGGCACGUGCUGGCUUGUGCAUGUGUGAUUAUCACCCAUCAUUAAUAGUUCCUUCCAGACUGCCAGGGUCUGCAUGAUACAUAUUUUAUUUUUCAAGACAGCCAAAGAUUCUAGUCCCUAAGAAGGCAGACUACAAGGGAGAAUCUCAGUUCUUUCCAUGAUAGUUGUGGGGGAAAAAAUUUUGUGAACAUGGAGAUAAUUUACUUUUUGUUUGUUUUUGGCGGGACAAUGAGGGUUAAGUGGCUUGCUCAGGCUCACACAGCUAGUAAGUGUCUGAGGCCAGAUUUGAA